UCAGACAUCUGUUCCGAGCCGAGAGGAGACCAGCGGCAGCCUCUCAGCCCCUUAUCACAGUAACCUUACUACAUUAGAGACGGCACCGGCGAACAACGCCUUCUCCGUGAAACGGACCGAAUCAUUUGUCAUUCUACCCGGGUUUUUUCCUCUAGCGUGGUCCUACAGCGCGUCACAAUGACAGCUCUGUCGCUGCUUUUGUUGGCCGCUUCGGCCGCAGCUGCGCUGGCCGAGUCCGCUGUGUAUAUGCGAGAGCAAUUUGAAGAUGGGGAUGGCUGGAAGAGUCGCUGGGUGGAAUCCAAGCACAAGUCCGACUACGGCCAGUUGGUUCUGAGCGCAGGAAAGUUCUACGGAGAUGCAGACAAAGACAAAGGUCUGCAGACGAGCCAGGACGCCCGCUUCUACGCCUCUUCGUACCGCUUCGACGACUUCAGCAACCAGGGCGAGCCUCUCGUCAUCCAGUUCACCGUCAAACACGAGCAGAGCAUCGACUGUGGUGGAGGCUACAUCAAGCUGUUCCCCUCUGGCCUCAACCAGGAGGAGAUGCACGGAGACUCCGUCUACAACAUCAUGUUUGGUCCUGACAUUUGUGGCCCCGGCACAAAGAAGGUGCAUGUCAUCUUCAACUACAAAGGCAAGAACCAUCUGAUUAACAAAGACAUCAGAUGCAAGGAUGACGAGUACACCCACUUGUACACGCUGAUCGUCAACCCCGACAACACUUACGAGGUCAAGAUCGACAACAAGAAGGUUGAGUCGGGCAAUCUGGAGGAUGACUGGGACUUUCUGCCCCCCAAAAAAAUCAAGGACCCUGAAGCCAAGAAGCCAGAGGACUGGGAUGACCGGGAGAAGGUUCCCGACCCCGACGAUAACAAACCAGAGGGUUGGGACAAGCCAGAGAACAUCCCAGAUCCUGAUGCAAAGAAGCCUGAUGACUGGGAUGAAGAGAUGGACGGAGAGUGGGAGCCACCUAUGGUCGCCAACCCCGAGUACAAGGGUGAGUGGAAUCCCAAAGAGAUCCCCAAUCCGGCCUACAAGGGCAAGUGGACCCACCCGGAGAUCGACAACCCGGAGUACACAGCAGACUCUGAGAUCUAUAAAUACGACAGCAUCGGGGUGAUUGGACUCGACUUGUGGCAGGUCAAGUCUGGCACCAUCUUUGAUAACUUCCUGAUCACCAACGACCCGAACCUGGCGGAGGAAGUAGGCAACGACACCUGGGGCAAAACUAAGGAUGCAGAGAAGAAGAUGAAGGAAAGCCAAGAAGAGGAGGAGAGAAAGAAGCGCGAGGAAGACGACAAGCAGAGGGGAGAGGAGGCAAAGGAGGAAGAAGAGGAGGAAGAGGAGAAAGAUGAGGAGGGAGAUGAAGAAGAGGAAGAGGAAGAGGACGAGGAGGCAGAAGAACAGGAGGAGGAAGAAGAGGACGAAGAAGGCACGGACUCUAAACUCAAGGACGAAUUAUAAACUCCAAGAACGAACUGUGUCAAAUGAGCCAUGGGAGCGAGGCUGGAGACUGACGAGGGGAGGGACCCUCGUGACUGACACCCUGGGGGGGGCGGGGUUUUCCAUUUGUUUGUUUACAAAGCAAGGGAGUAGGUGAAAAAGGGCAAUUAUUGUUGUUCUGUUUGUGCUACUACUACUACCACUACUACUACUAUUGUUGUUAUAAUUAUUAUUGUCACUAUUAAACAUGGAAUAGUACUAGAAAGAAUGGAGUUUUCAUAACGAAUGUCGCGUUCGAAUCAAGUCAAUCCGCUAAAAUCUUUAGCCCAACAGAAAUGGACAUCCUUUUGUGUUCUUCAGAAGUCUGUUUUCAUGAAGUAUAAUGUUGUCGUGACAUGGGAAGCUAUGUUUAGGUAGGCGAAUGAUACCAUAAAAAAAAUGUCAGUUUACCUCAUGUUUUAGUCGUAUUAAUCUGUGUCAAAUGUUUUUAUUUUAUAUUAUCGUUUACAGUCAAAGUCUCUCCUUCAUGACCACAGUUUGUUAAAAAAAAAACGCUUUGUCAAUGUCAAACUAUUCUAAAGGGUUAGACCACAUCACACUGGCUGUUCUACCUGCUCCUAUUUAACUGUCUUGAUUUGAACGUGGGUUGACGGAAAGACGUCGCCCAUUGGAUGAUAACACCUGGUGCUUUAAGGGGAAAUCUCUGGCAUAGUUUUGUACUGUAUAGCUCACACUUUUCUUUCACUUCGAUGCAUAUACUGUAGUCUAAAUAAAAGUGUGCUUACACUCGGAUGUACAUUGAGAGCACUCCAGUAGCAGUUAAGCUUAGGUUAAUUUGGAACAUGUUUACUCGUGGUAGUUGUACGCAACCGGUUUUUCCUCAUGAUAUCUGCACUGCUGUACCCCAAUACACUGUCCCAAAUAGUCUGAGAGAUGAUCCUUUUGUAAAAGACAUAUUUUGUACUAAUGGUAGUAAUUGAAGUGGGAAGAUUUCCAUGUUGCUGUGUAAAAAAACAAAGACAAGUGCUCUGUCCAAUAAAACCGACCAGUGGAAAAAUGA